AAGCCAUAACCAUUGCCAUUAAGGAGUUCAUAAAUGUGUGAGUGGUGCGUAUGUGUGAGACAAAAGGGAGAGGAUGGCACAAAGGAGGAGUCGAACAAGAUAAAAUGAAAAACAUAUAUAGUAAGUGCUUUACCGUAACUGAAUGAACGAGAGUACUAAGGAAAAAGAAUGGAGACGUAUUUCAAGUUCUCACGUUGUUUGACUCGAAUCUUGUAGACGGUGUUUGCUGCAAAAAGAUGAAGAAAACAUUCACAGACAUUUAUGUUGAUUACAUAUUUAUCGCUAUGUGCCCAGACGUUUUGACCUUGGGGAUAAAGUAGUAAAGAAAACACAAAAAUCUCUGUUGUAUUGGGUUUACAUUCUAUCAAUAAAGAUACAACUUGCCCAGAGAAAAGGCCUCUCCUGGUUAGAAAACAGUAUCAACAAUUAACAGCUCUGGUGGUUUCACAGAGCCACAGUGGGCUGCCUGCUGCAGACAAUAUCAGAGUUUGUUUAUAUUUAAAUAUUAUUUUAAUAUUUCUAUUUUUGUCCAUGUAUUAUAAUGCACACGUAUGUAAUUUGCAAAUCAUCGCUCAUAUAUACAUCAUAUCAAAAGGUGUAAAAGUUUUUGAUAGAAUUCAGCAUUCAUUCGCUUAUAAAAUGAGUGAAGGCUCACUUUACUGAUGAGAGUAUUUCAUCAAAAAAAUUGGGGAUCUACAACUCCAGAGUUCUCCGAAGUCCACCAAGGAAAAAGUAACUUGAAUUUAAUCGCAUUUAAAACUAUAUAGUAUCCACUCCUAAAACAUUAGCAACAUAGGAAAACUUACACAGCGGAAGAAAUGACUGGGGAAAUUUUUUUUUUUUUUUUUUUAAGACAUGGUCUCGCUCUGUUGCCCAGGCUGGAGCGCGGUGGCGCGAGCACCGCUUACUGCGGUGUCGACCUCUCGGGCUCGAGUUAUCCCCCCACCUCAGCCUUCCAAGUAGGUGGGACCACAGGCACCACCACGCCAAGCCCGUAUAUGGUUUUUAAAUAAGACAAAUUGCAAAAAACGUUGCCAGACAGCGUUCGCUGGUUUGGGCCGUCACUGGGAAUGGCUCGUGUCCGUCUAGAUAUUCAGAGGCCGAGCAGUCCUCAGUAGGGCUGCUCGGCAGGUACACAGCUGACGCUGGUCCUUGGACUUAUGGGAGUGGGAACAACUCCCAACUCGGCCGCGGACCAGGAAGGCGUUCUGACCCGCUAGAGCUCGGGGAGAGGGACCCCAUCCCGGUGCCUAGAGCAUCUCCCUUAGUCGGCGUGGGCCAGCGCCAGUUACCUCACGAGCACUGAACUAGCGCCUGCGCCCUUCUAUACUUCUCGCUCUUUCUUCAAGUCACUUCUACCCGGCGAGCCCGCCCUCCCGCCGAUCGUCAUUUCCGGCGGGUGCUCUGCGUCGUUUACGUCGUCACUUCCUGCCGAUACCGGUGUGGACGGUGUGAAUCGUGGCUGGCACGGUUCUCCGCUUCUCCCCAUCCCCUACUUUCCUCCCUCCCUCCCUUUCCCUCCCUCGUCGACUGUUGCUUGCUGGUCGCAGACUCCCUGACCUCUCCCUCACCCCUUCCUAACCUCGGUGCCACCGGAUUGCCCUUCUUUUCCUGUUGCCCAGCCCAGCGCUAGUGUCAGGGCGGGGGCCUGGAGGAGCCCGAGGCACUGCAGCAGAAGAGAGAAAAGACAACGACGACCCUCAGCUCGCCAGUCCGGUCGCUGGCUUCGCCGCCGCCAUGGCAAUGAGACAGACGCCGCUCACCUGCUCUGGCCACACGCGGCCCGUGGUUGAUUUGGCCUUCAGUGGCAUCACGCCUUAUGGGUAUUUCUUAAUCAGCGCUUGCAAAGAUGGUAAACCUAUGCUACGCCAGGGAGAUACAGGAGACUGGAUUGGAACAUUUUUGGGUCAUAAAGGUGCUGUUUGGGGUGCAACACUGAAUAAGGAUGCCACCAAAGCAGCUACAGCAGCUGCAGAUUUCACAGCCAAAGUGUGGGAUGCUGUCUCAGGAGAUGAAUUGAUGACCCUGGCUCAUAAACACAUUGUCAAGACUGUGGAUUUCACGCAGGAUAGUAAUUAUUUGUUAACCGGGGGACAGGAUAAACUGUUACGCAUAUAUGACUUGAACAAACCUGAAGCAGAACCUAAGGAAAUUAGUGGUCAUACUUCUGGUAUAAAAAAAGCUCUAUGGUGCAGUGAGGAUAAACAGAUUCUUUCUGCUGAUGACAAAACUGUUCGACUUUGGGAUCAUGCUACUAUGACAGAAGUGAAAUCUCUAAAUUUUAAUAUGUCUGUUAGUAGUAUGGAAUAUAUUCCUGAGGGAGAGAUUUUGGUUAUAACUUAUGGACGAUCUAUUGCUUUUCAUAGUGCAGUAAGUUUGGACCCAAUUAAAUCCUUUGAAGCUCCUGCAACCAUCAAUUCUGCAUCUCUUCAUCCUGAGAAAGAAUUUCUUGUUGCAGGUGGUGAAGAUUUUAAACUUUAUAAGUAUGAUUAUAAUAGUGGAGAAGAAUUAGAAUCCUACAAGGGACACUUUGGUCCUAUUCACUGUGUGAGAUUUAGUCCUGAUGGAGAACUCUAUGCCAGUGGUUCAGAAGAUGGAACAUUGAGACUAUGGCAAACUGUGGUAGGAAAAACGUAUGGCCUUUGGAAAUGUGUGCUUCCUGAAGAAGAUAGUGGUGAGCUGGCAAAGCCAAAGAUUGGUUUUCCAGAGACAACAGAAGAGGAGCUAGAAGAAAUUGCUUCAGAGAAUUCAGAUUGCAUCUAUCCUUCAGCUCCUGAUGUUAAGGCCUGAGCGUCAAUCAUAUGUUGCAGUUAGUAUACAACUGACUAAAACGAGCAAGCAGAGAAAAGCAUCAGCCUUCCAGAGUUACUGUCUGCUUAAGGCAGAAACAGCAGUAAAUAAUGAGGAAAAUGAAUUAGCUCCAGUGCUGGAACAACUAACUAACUUGGUGUUACCUGUAAGUGAAACUCAAGUGUCAGAUGAAGGGAGGUGGAGUUAUCCUCUUAUAGUACAGUGGCCUGUUAUCUUUUUAAUGAAUAUAUACAAGCCAACAUCCAAUUUCUAUUAUUACAAUUAGGGUUCUUGUAGCUGUUUAUGUUAUUAUGGAGAAGAAAACUAUAUUGGCUUAUUUUUUCUGAUCUUAAAGCAGAAUGCCUUUUCUUUUUUUGCUUCAGUUGUAAAGAAGAGGGAAUACAUGAUAAAGUAACUGGUUUGAUUUCUCGUUCAUUGUGCACUGCUUCUGAACAUCUAAUUGUUUUUAGUUGUCUAAAUAAAAUGCCUCUAAAACAAAACAA